AAAAAAAAGUAUUUUCUUCAUAUUUUUCUCCCCUGCUUAUUUCCUCACAUGGUAUCAGAGCUUUCUAAGCUCUUUAUUGUCUGUCGUUCUUCUUGAGGUUUUGUGCCUCCAAUUCUUCUUCAUAUUUUUUGUGCCGGCAACCAUCGCGUGUUUCCAGCCAUAUAUCGGUUCCGGAUUUGGCUGCUGUGAUUGCUGCUGUUUCUUCUACUAGUUUUCUCUGGUCUUUCACGGAGAUUUUUCGGAGUUGCAGAUCAGCCAUAUAUCAGCCAAAAUUACCGCUGUGUAGAUCUUUGGCUUCCGAAAUUGCUUCCAUUUUUUUUCCAGAGUUCCACUUCGACUUGGUGUUCUGCUUGGUCAGAUUUUCUUUUAUUUACAGCAUAUUUUUUAUUAUUAUGGAGAAAUCUGAUAUUUCCCAGCCAAUUUCAACCAUUUUAAAUGGCUCAAAUUACAUACUCUGGGCUCAAAGUAUGCGCAGUUUCUUGAAGGGUCGGAAAUUAUGGCGGUACAUUACUGGUGACAUUACACUUCCACAGAAAGUUACUGAUGAGACAGAUAAGAAGUAUGUUGAUCGUCUAGAGGAUUGGGAUAGAAAAAAUCAUCAGAUCAUCACUUGGUUUCGUAACACCUCAAUUCCUUCCAUUCAUCUUCAGUUUGGACGGUAUGAAACAGCUAAGGAAGUGUGGGAUUUGCUUGCAGCCAAGUAUACCACUUCUGAUUUAUCCAGUCAAUAUCAAUUGUGGGAAGAAUUACACACUUUGAAACAAGAACGUGGAGAGUCCAUUACUAGUUUUUAUGCUAAGAUGGAGGCUAUUUGGGAUCAGCUUGCUCUCUCAGAACCAACCUUCAAUGACACUGCUGAUAUUGGGAAGUACAUUGAGUAUCGUGAUAAAAUGAGGUUAAUUCAAUUUCUUAUGGCACUUACUGAUGAUUUUGAACCAUGCAGAGCCUCUUUAUUGCAUCAGUCUCCUUUACCUACCUUGGAUCGUGCUCUCUCACGAUUAUUAUUUGAUGAAACUCGUCUGGGCUUACUUAAGCCUCAACGAGAUACUACUGUGGCUGCAGCUAUCAACAAGUUUCCUUCGAGUAAGAGAGGACAGAAGUAUUGCCGGCACUGUAACAAGUACGAACAUGCUCUAUAUGAAUGCAAUUUGAUAGAAUGUCAUAAAUGCAAGCAGAAAGGCCAUAUUGCGCCUAAUUGUACUUCACUACCUCAGAGAUCUGAUAAGUGGAAGACCCAAUCAAAGCCUAAUCAGUCUUCCAAGCCUGUGGUUGUUGCAGCUACUGCCAAUGAGGAUACCUCAGUCCAUCCUUCGAUUGGCAAUCUAGAAACCCUUCUUAGACAGAUGAUAUCAUCUUCCUCUACAUCUACUACCUUGUCUACCAUCCCAGGAUCCACAGACGGGACAACUUCUUGGGAUAGGCCGUAAAGUUGGACGUUUGUUUGAGCUCACCUCUUUGCACAUCCCUUCUAGUUACGUUUCCCAAUUGUGUGCCAUCUCAACAUCUUCCUCCUUGCACUUGUGGCAUCUUCGUCUUGGUCAUGCCUCUAUUAGUAAACUUCGUCCUUUAAUUCAAAAUGGGUCUUUAGGUUCUAUUAAAGAAGAGUCUUUACAUUGUGUCUCAUGUCAAGUUGCUAAACAGCCUGUUUUAUCUUUUAAUAAAAGUGAUUCCAUUUC